CAUUGUUUAGACAACAUGUUGGGAAUGCCAACUAGAUUCUCAUAUGAAGAGUUGAAGAACAUUACCAAGAAUUUUAGCAACAAGCUUGGUGAAGGUGGAUUUGGUUCUGUUUUUCAUGGAAUCUUACCUUUGGGUUCUGGUGUUGCAGUGAAGCAUCAAUUCAACUUUGGUGCCGUUAACAAGUCCUUCAUAGCUGAAGUUCAGACAAUUGGAAGCAUUCACCAUUUUAAUUUGGUGAGUUUGGUUGGAUUUUGUGCUGAAAGUUCUAAUAGGCUUUUAGUUUAUGAGUACAUGGCUAAUGGAUCGCUAGACCGAUGGAUCUUCAAUCAAAAUCGAGAUCUUGCUCUUGAUUGGCAAAUUAGAAGGAAAAUCAUUUUAGAUAUUGCCAAAGGACUAGCCUAUCUUCAUGAAGAAUGCAACCAAAAGAUAAUUCACUUAGACAUCAAACCUCAAAAUAUCCUUUUAGAUGAGAAUUUUAAUGCCAAAAUUUCAGAUUUUGGGUUGUCGAAAUUAAUCGAAAAAGACCAAAGUCGAGUCAUAACAACUAUGAGGGGAACCCCUGGUUAUAUGGCUCCUGAAUGGUUAAACUUAUGUAUAACCGAAAAGGUAGAUGUCUAUAGCUUUGGUAUUGUUGUCCUAGAAAUCUUAUGUGGACGACGAAACGUUGAUGAAUCUCAACAGGAAGAAGAUAUGCAUUUAUUGGGACUUUUUAAGAGAAAGCAAGAAGAAGGGCAACUCAUGGAUUUAGUCGAUAAGUGUAGCGAUGAUAUGCAGUCGAAUGCAGCCGAAGUUGUGGAGGUGAUGAAGGUUGCUGCAUGGUGCUUGCAAACUGAAUAUGCGAGGAGGCCUUCUAUGUCCACAGUGGUGAAGCUUUUUGAGGAUUCAGUUGAUGUUACAGGUAGCCUGAAUGAAGAUUUUCUAAAUGGAAUAACUCUUGAACCUGUGGAUACCUUUCCUUCAAUAGUUUUACCUUCAAUGUUAUCUGGGCCAAGGUGAUGAUGAUUGAGUUGGAGAUC